AUCAGCUUUGAAAUACUCAGAUACAUUGUCUCUUGAGGACCAUUACCUCUUGGCAAUUGAGGUCAGCUUUUAGACCUGAGACCAGGAUUGGGGGUGAGGGGGCAGUGGGCAGAUUUCAAAGCAGAAUUCUGGCAAGGGAGUUGCAACUUGUUCUCCAGCUCCAGAUGGCCUGGUGAAGGACUCCUUGGGGAGAGGCUGAAAUCAGCCCACCUGACGGUAGAGGAGGCAGCUGAAUGGCCCACAGGAACCACACACCGGCAAGCCAUGGCAAACAGCCUGGCAGACAGCAGGUGCCCAGCAGGCCAGAGGAACUGCAGGUGCUCUCAUUUCCUCCCUGUAGCUUUGGACUUUGUCAGGAGUUUUUUCUCUCUCCUAUUCUAAGCAAAAACAAUUAAGGCCAACUGAUCAUGGAGCUCCACACCCCACCCCACCUCCCAAGAAAAAAAAGAAAAGCUCAGCACGACACUGCAUUUCAGGGGGCUGCUUGUGCUCCCUGAAGCAGCAACAAGCUGGCUUUUCAGAUCACCCCAUUGGUAGAAGGUCAGCAAAAGGCAUUUCGCCUUCAGUGAGCGCCAGACUCCUGUCCUCACCAGCACAGGGCACUGCGGAUCUUGGUUUUGAAGCUUGUCCAGAAUCACUGAGGAGAGAGGCAAAGCUAUCAGUGUACCCUGUGCCCACCUACACCCACCAGCAAACUUCAGAAGACAAAGAGGGAUAUCAGAUGGCUUCAGGGGGUGACUGGUGAAUGGUUUGAAGAGAUUCAAAGAAAGAAGUUUUGCAAUGAAACAGAUGUUAGCCAAAUGUUGAAGCAACCUCUUAAAUACAGGCUAAGGAAGGAGAUGGCAAAAAAUGAUCCUAUGGAAUUGCAAACAUCAAGAUCUAAAAACCAAGCUAAUCAAAAAAACCCAACAUCUGUUCCUUCUCGACCGAGCUUCAGAGCAUCCUUCGCUUCCCUGUUCUCAUUCAGAAAGUCCAGGAAGGAGACUUCAAAGCUUCCGUCGCUGGGACAGAAAGGGUGCGAUGACUGUGUAGAACCUUCUGUCACUGUGAAGGGAACCACUUCGGCAAAAAUAGUCAAUUCACCCCUGGAAAAUCAACCUGUUGACCGUGCUUUUGUCCCCAACCCAGCAGUCAUGAGAGAGGGCGGUGCCAUUCCUCCUCCAUGGGAUAUUUCAGUCCUGGAGAACGAGUUCUUCCAAGUUUUAGAUGACUUGGAUAGCAAACUGGCUCAGGAACAAUCUGCAAGCUCACUAAGUACCAGAAUGCCCCUCAACUGUGGACCAAGAACACAAUUCAACCAUUUUUACUCCAGUGAGAACACACGUGGUAAUAUCUCAGGAAAGCACAAAAAUCGCUAUAAUGAGACUUCCAAUAUGUCUAUCUAUGACAUCCUAAGACCAGGAACUCCUAGGGAAGGUUUUAAAACAUUUUCUCCUAGGACAAGAACAAUUUAUGAUAUGUACAGGACAAGGGAGCCCAGAGUCUUAAAAGAGGAUUAUGUGCAGAAGAAUACUUUCGGUAGUACUUCCCUGUGUUUCGACAGCAGGCAACGAUCAGCCUCACUAGCCACAAGGCAUUUCACAGCAAGAAGCUUACAUUCUCCAGCCACAACUGAGAAAAAAGGGGGGUUUCUACCACCAUGCCCCCAGCAGAGCCCAAAGCGAACUCCUCUAUCAUCUAUCAUAUGGAAUAGAUCAGAUUCUUCCAGAGAUGGGCAGAACCAAGGAGAGUUCCUGGGGACACCGUCACCAAUGGAAAUUGACCCUGCUGAUGAGUAUAUAUAUCCCAGCUGUUUUCAGGAGAAUAGAAGUUAUGAACUAUAUCAUUCACAGAAUGUUUGCCAAAGUAUUGGUUUUAAUGCCCGUAUGGAUAAUGCAAUGAGUCCUGACACAUUUGAGAACUCAGAGAAUAUGCCAUUCUACCAUGAAGACAGCCCAUUUGCUAGGUCUUUCUUUAGCAAUUCCUUUGGACAAAGAAGAGAACAGAGAUUUGGACAAGGUCCUUUUUGGGACCAACAGGCAGAACAUUCUUCAUGGUCUGACUUUCAUCAAAGCAGGAAACUAUUCAGUUCAUCUGACAGAGACUUUGAAAUGAUUUUCAUGGAAGCAAAUGCUGCAUCAGCUGUUCACAGCCACAGUGCCCCUUCUCCACCCUGGGGAUCACUUUCUCCCGGUUCUGGGACAAAUGUCUCCAGAAGCCAAGAAGGACCCCAUUCCUGGCAGUCUGAUUUCCAAAUGGCCUCACUGGAGAGCAUGGAGAUAACACAAGGUCAUGGAAACCAGUCUACUACUCAUUUUGGUGCACUAGAUGUUUGCAGCAAGACUGACUCAAGCCAUCACAUCAAAUCUGGUGGGUUAGACUAUAAGCAGAAUGUCAGCAAAGAACCUUACUCAUUUGGAACUACUCAGAUUCAAGCAUCCCCCUUCAAAACUUUCUUCCCCCAGAUUUCCGAUGAUAAAGGGAAUUCUCAGAGUCCCUACUUUCAGAAUCGCACAGUCACUGUGCAGAAGAUGAUUCCUGGUAAGCCUGUCUCUCUUCCAAAAAGAAGCCUUGUAGAAGUCAGUAUAACCAAUCAUGAUUCAGCUGAUUCUCUGCUAGGAAGCCCGGCCAAUGCUUUGGUGAAUAAUGAGAAAAACAUGAAUGACUCUGUUUCAGAAGAUCAACAACUGAACAAGAUGGACCAGACAAACAUGAUGGGUGAAGUAUCCCAACCUGUUUCACAGACUGUGAGCUCUGACGCUUUACCUGAGUUUCUAAAUCCUGUCUCCCGGGACUCCACCAAGAGUGACAGGUUUUAUUUCAAUGCACCUACCACAAUAAGUUCAAAAAGGGUACCCAGAAUCUUUUCCAAGAAAGAUACCUCCAAAAAUUAUGUAUCCAAUACAGAUAAAGCAAAUGAACUUCAUAAAGAGAAGAGUUGUACUAGGAACAGAAAUCUUGGCUCAGCAACUUCCCCACCUUUCAUCCGGGAGAGCAGAGUUCCACCAUCUUUGCCUAACCCAAAUCAAGUUAGUCAUGAAGAUAUUUCAAACAUUAUUAAAAAUAACCACUGGAGCUCUGGACCUAUGGACAAUCAAAACACACAGUCUCCAGUGGAGCCUGUUAUCUUAGAUACUGAGGGAGAACCACGUACUACCACUGAUUCUACCGAUGAUAGCAGGUUGGCUGCUGAGCACAGUGUGUCCUGUGAUUCUUUAGGUUUGGCAACAGGUACGUCACCAGAUUCCUCCCCACCAAGUCAUUCUUUCCCCGAUGCUCUGCCGAGUACUUCUACUACAGUGUCCUGCAAGAGAAGUCCUUCAGACAGAGAUCUGUCUCUGGGAGAAACCGAAGAAAAAGACAGUGCCAGCAAGAACCAAAAUAAUCAGCUUUCUGUAAGUUCCUCAGAAAACCAAAGACAUAAUGAUGGUCAUGGGCCUGUCCAUGACGAAGUGGCUGAUGCUGUCAAAUACUCUCCUUUCAGGAAUGGAAAGGGAAAAGGAAAAGUAAGACACCACAUAUCCUGUAUUGAAAAGUUAAGCAAAGCAGAAAGUAGAUCAGUACCCUCGAAUGACAAUGGUAGCUUCACUGAGAAGAAGCAAGGGAAUUCCAGAGCUUCUGAGCUUGGCACAAUUUAUUGUACCUUGCCAAGAAAAUCAGCCAGUACCCUAAUAAAUAGUAGGCAGUCGGAAAGUAAGAUGCUGGCUACUUCAAUUAGGAAUGGACCCCUUCCAUUUCAAGUCAGAAAUAAUGUGGCAGACCCAAAAGGGAAGCACACAUUCAGCCCACUCAGUCCCAGGUCUCCUGAGUCAGGAGGUGAAUGUGCCAAAGUGCUCUCUGACUCAGCCGCAGCAGCGCCUGGAGCCACGGAGAGGAAGACGAAUAUGAAAACCCUUCGAUCUGCUUCCGUGAGGAAAGGGCCGCUUCCGUUCCUCAUCAGGAGGGCUGUUUCCUGUCCCUCCGCAGAGCCAUGCGCCUCACCUGGCAGAGGCGAAGGGAGAAAAUCGCCCGUCUCAGACAGAAGUGCCCGUGCUGUAAGCCCAGGACCCUGGGGGAGAAUCGUGAACCCUCUCGACAGAGGCUCAUCCGCUCGAGAUUCCUUCUUAACCCAAAGACACCCCGCAAAGGAAUACGCGCACGGAUGCGCAGACGCAGCUGACGGAAUUCCCGCCUCCAGGACAAGUACAUUUUCCCUUUCAAAGGAAGACCCUUUACCUUUCUGUUCGGAUGUGUCAGGAAGUGAAGGUGGGAAAACGUUACAUAGAUUGAAAACUACUAGUAUAUUCUCUGUUUCUGGAGACGAAGAUCAUGUAAAGUGUCUCGAGGUGGUCUCGGUCUAUUAUACUCUACCAAGGAAACCCAGCAAAAAAUUCUGUAACCUCCUUCAACAGUUCACACAAAAUGCUGAUUCGCUCAUAGACUCACCUCAAGUGGGGACUGAAACAUCUCCCAGUGCUUUAGAAAAAGACAAACUAGAUUAUUCUACACGAGAGCAGCCAGGAACACCUUCGGGUGAAGACCCAAACAUGCCGGUCAGCUCUGCUCAGAACAGCCACUGCCUUCCUCAUCCCACUGAAAAUGUGUCUGUCUCACAAUUACCAGAUAGGAGGCCCGCAGAGCCUACCUUACAGGAAAUGGCUUCCACCGAGGCAAAUGUUUCUCUCAGAGAAUGUACAACCGGAGAGAUUCUCCCAGAUAAAUCAGCUAAAACUCCUCUAGGUGAUGUUCAAAGUAGGAUAGAGAGAGGAGGAACAUUGCAAAACGAAACCCUGCAUACGUCAGUAAUGCUCCAGGGAAAAAGAGUUACAGAAGAAAAAUCUGAAAAUUGUCAAGAGUCCAUUAAUACAGGUGACAGGGAUCGCUCAGCCUGUUCACAAUAUAACAUUGAAAAUUCCCAAGCCAGAAGAAGUUCUGGAGAAUGUGCAGGUAGUGGUGUAGCCAUUACAGCUACUGGGAGUGGGAACUGUCCUGAGAAAGAGCACACAGCCACAGCCAUAGAUGAUAGCCCCACUGGCUCAGAGCCUAGGGAAGUCAGAGAAAUCAGAACGGGUAACCAAAACAUGACUGAUAAAGCCCCCUGUGAGUCACAAGGCCAAGCCUUCGCUCCUACACCAGCACUGCAUAAAUUACAGCUUGCUGGGGACACUCACUCAGAUGAAACGGAUUUAAAGAGUCUGCAGUUUAAACUGAGAGAGUUACCCCUCGAGGGGCAGGAGCGUAACAUAACAGACUGCAGGAAGGCUGAAGAUGCAUUGCACAAAAGGGAUCAACCUUCACUUCAUGGAGGAAAUAAAAAAAACAAAACCAACAUGGAUGACCUUGAGAAAGGGGGACAGAGAUCUUCGGUUAAACACAGAUUGGCAGAAGUGUCUAAAGCAAACAGAAAUUCCCCAGCUCAAGAUUUAAGUCAUAGAAGCCUUGUAGCUACCAUCUUCCCCCAGAGUGGGAGCAGGCCGGGCUUUGGCUGUUUAUCCCGUAGCACCUCAGAACAUAAUCGGCUGUUCCCUGAUUCUUCUCCAAAGUGCACGGAUUCCACAGGUGAAAGCAGGCUGAGUAAGGCUGGGCUGAAUGAGGAGAAAUCUGAAAACCCUGUCCAGGUCACCGUAAAAGUCACCAGCGAACCUUCUACACACCCUAGUGAUCAGAGGUCUACCAGCAUUUCACAAGUACUUCAGAAUGAGUUUAAGAGUAUCUCAGCGUCUCCACCGAAGCAUGAGGAUUCUAAAGCAGCAGCAGCAGCUCGGAUUUUGGAAGUAGAGUCAGCGGUCCCAGCGCAGCUCCCGUUCACCAGCCUCAGGGUCACAGGCUGCUCCACCCAGCAGAGGAGACUCAGCUCUCCUUUCCCACUGGAGCCCGCCUGGAAAUCGACAGGAAGCAUCCCUCUGGCCAGCUGUCAGCAACGACAAAGGAAUCUUUCAUCACCAGAAACGGGGACUGAGCCACACCUCUAUCGUUCAAAGAGUUUGAAAAGCAUCAAUGUGCAUGGUGAUAAGCUAUGCAAAAGUCAGCCUCCGAAAGUCAGGGAGCGCCAUUUUUCCGAAAGCACCUCUGUUGACGAUGCCCUGAGUCGACUGACCCUCGGGAAUGAAUUCUCUGUUGACAAUGGGUACAGUCGAAGAUUCAAGUCAUUUUCUGAACUUCCCUCCUGUGAUGAAAAUGAAAAUUGGGCUUUAUAUGGUGACAGAACAAAAACAGGCCCCAGGUCCACAACCUCUAUAUCCAGACCUAUCGACUAUGGGAUUUUUGGGAAAGAACAACAGUUGGCUUUCUUGGAGAAUGUAAAGAGGUCACUCACACAAGGAAGAUUAUGGAAACCAAGUUUUCUUAAGAACCCUGGCUUCCUGAAAGACGAUGUAGUCAACUCUCCCACACCACCAGAUUCUUUAAGCUCGAAUUCCCCUAGGAGUCAGGUGCCCGAAGGUGACUUGUCCCCAAGUAAGCCACUUAAUAUCUAUGAGGAGGACCCAGUAGAUUCAGACUGUGACACCGACACGACCACAGAUGAUGAAUACUACCUAGAUGAAAAUGACAAAGAAUCAGAACUGUGAGAUUUUCUCAAUAAACUGCAUAAGCUUUUCACCAAAAGUCUAUCGUGGAACUCGUAUAAAAAUGUAUGCCCAUGAGAAGACAGAGAUAAAAUAUCUAGUCUGGGCAAUGUCUGCACUGAAAUAACCCAAAUUCCCUUUCUGCCUUCCACAUCCUGUAUAUAUACUUCCUCACUUACAGAACAGUGAAUUCCUGAUUUGAAUGAUUCUCAUUUCUCUCCUCCCUUUGUAUAUGUUCUUGGCCUGCCUUCCUGCACUUGUUUAAAUCUCUAAUGCACUGCAUUAUUUUGGCUUUGACUUUACUUUCUCCCUACUUUUCUACAUCUUCAUUAUGAUUUUUGCUCAUGGUAUCCCCCGCACAUACAAAAUUUAUUAGUCACCCAGCACAGCUGCCACAUUGCAUUUACCUUUCCUGUCCGCACCCUGUACUCGCGAUAUUAGAUGAAAUGUGGGGAUAGCAACAAUGGAGUAAACUUUAUCAUCUGCUUGAUUCAUCAACAUUUAGGAAGUUACUGCUUUUAUUUUUUGAAACAAAGAUAAAAGAGUUUUUGUGAGGGCAUCCGGUUAUAUCCAUAGUGGAGUCCAGGAGCCGCAUGUUUAAAGCACAUGAGGUUAUAGAUGAGGCGCUGAGGCCCUCUUAGCACUCCUAGAAAUUCCUCUACAACAGUUCGUGGGGAUUGGCUGAAUUAUUGAGGGCUGAAUUUUAAUCAAGACAAGGACAUCCUCCAUGCCACCCAAUGAUAGAGGCAAUGAUUUGGCCAUAGACUUUCUUCUCAGGAACAGAACUGAAGGACAGAAAUAAGUAACAUUUCUUCAUGAGACUGUCCUGCACUGUAGUCCUUUCAGCAACUGUUCUUCCCAGUUUCCCAGAACCACCCAUUUCCCAAAUUUUUUAUUUGCAGGUUAGAACACUUCUUUUCAGGUGGGUUUUUUGUUUGUUUGUUUUUACAGAUUUAUUGAUUUGAGAGUUACAGACAGAGAAGGGGAGAGACAGAGAGGUCUUCCAUCCUCUGGUUCUGAUUCACUCCCCAAAUGGCUGCGAUGGCCAGAACUGGGCCAAUCCAAAGCCAGGGGCCAGGAGCUUCUUCCAGGUCUCCCACGUGGAUGCAGGGGCUCAAGCACUUGGACCACCUUCCACUGCUUUCCAAGGCCGCAACAGAGAGCUAGGAAGAAGAGCAGCCAGCACAGGAACUGGUGCUCAUAUUGGAUGCUGGCACUGCAGGCAAAGGCUUAACCUAUUAUGCCACAGUGCUGGCCCCCAGGUGGGGCAUUUUAGUCCAGUACAAAAUGAGAACCCUAGCCAAGCCCCUAAAAUGCUGUCAGUCCAGAUCUGACACUCUGAGAUUUACAGCCUCUUUAAAGAAUCAUCUAUCAAACCUUCAGGAAAUUCUAACACAGAGCUCCUGGGAGCCAGUCACUGAUCAUUUUUUUCAAUAAUUUAUUAAGAAUAAAUCACUUCUGAUAGCCACUGAUAAUUUGAAUUUCCAAAUUUUUUAUUUCCCAUGUAGAAUACCUGGCAAUUUCUCUCCUAAUUCAGGACAAAGAUCAGUAAAUGGCAGGAAAGAUAAUUAACUAGAACCACAGACAGCAUGCAAUCAUGAAUCUCAAUAGUAGGAUGAGCAAUAUAAAUGGGUUUUAUCUCAUUUGUUUUAUUUUUGCUUCCUGACAUAAUCCUAUGGUCCAUUUUUCUCACCUACUCUGUUUCAUUCAUAUAAAUUAAGAAUAAUGAUAGGUGUGGUGAAGUAUAUAGGAUCUGGAACUGACAGAAAGGCAAGGAACAGUAAUAACAGACUAUUAUUAUCAUCCUCUAAUCAUUGCCUUGUCUAGAAACAAACUCCCAGAGCUAGAUUACGUUGCUCCCAGGAAAUCCACAGCUAAUGAAUGUGAGGUAACUAAUGUGAAAGCUGUUCCUUCAAUCUGCCCACUGCUUUUAUACUUCAAGGUCUGACCAGUCUCAGACUCAGCAAGAUCAAUUGUUCUGAACUUUUCAAUUCAAAUGUGUAGGGUGUCUUAGGUAUCUGUUGCUAUAACAAAAUCCCUGAGACCAGGUGAUUUACAAAGAAAAGGAAGUUUAUUUGUUUCAUCAUUCUGGAGGUUUGAACGUUCAAGAGUGUGGCCCUGACAUCUGAUGAGGGCCUUCUUGUUGUAUCAUAACCUUGAGCAGGGUAUCACAGGGUGAGACCUUGCAAGUGCUUUGCUGGAGUCUUCCUCUUACAAAGCUGCCCUCCUGAUGCUAAUACCAUUAACAUAUGAAUUAGGGGAUUAACUUUCCAACAUAUGAACUUUUAGGGGACACAGGUGAUCCAUAAUAUAUGAUGAAGAACAAAUGAUAUUUUAUUCUUUGUCUAAUGUAUGAUCAUAAAUUCUUUUUUCUAUUUAUCUGAUUAUUCAAAAUUUCUGUAUAUAAUCUAUGUUUUCUAUGUCAUUUUAAUAUAUUCAGUUAAUAUUUUAAUAUUAAAAUUCUUGAUUUUUAAAAUGACCAGCUUACAAGUUUAUUUCAGUAAAUACUCUGAGUCUAAAGGUAUGCUACAAAAAGUGAAUGGAGUUUCAGUGAGUUCAGGCUAUGUCACAGGUAUGUUAAGGCAGGGAUAAACAACUGCUCUGGAGCCUGGGCCUUCUGCACUGGGCUCUACUGUCUGAAUUCAAAGGUGAUUGAUGGCCAUUACUCAGUUGCACUAUUUUAAUCUUUGCUUGUUGGUCUGGCUCAAGAAUCAAGAAAACAAAUUCAUAAAAGUAGCACCUUCUACAGUUUUAUAUUUUUAUAAAGCACUUCGUUGAAGAAGUAUAGCAAAUUUCUAUGUAUUUUAACAUACAAACUGCUGCUUUUUAAAGUUCUUUUUUGAUAUAGUUGGUGGUUUAUUAUGGUCAUUUUUAUAUUUACAACUUGUUUUCUGAAAGAUAUAAUCAAUAUUAAAAUAAAUAUGUAAGUGGAGUAAAUCACGAGGGAAUUGAUACUAAUAACUACUGUGUAAAUUAUUAACUUGUUUAGAUAUUAGACUUCUGUAACCUAAAGUUUUGUACUAUUAAGUCCAUUUAAAACAGAACUUAGGGGCAGGCAUUUGGGGUAGUGGCUAAGGCAACAGGUAAGACACCCACGUCCCAUAUUGGAGUGCCUGGGUUCGAUGCCUACCUUCUGCUCCUGCCUCCUGCUAAUGCAGAGCCUGGGAGAGCUGGUGAUGGUUCACAUAAUUGGGUUCCUGUCACCCACAUGGGAAACCUGCCUUGAUUCUUGGAUUUGACCUCAGCAACGGUCUGUUGUGAGCAUUUGGGGAGUGACCUGUGGUGAGAGCAUUUUAUCUUUGUUUCUCUCUCUCCCUCUCUGCCUCUCAAAUUAAAAAAAAAAAAAAAAAAAAAAAAAUUGAGAUUUACCCUUACACUGUAAACACAUGGAUGUUACUACUAACAAAGUUCUCCUUGGUGACAACUAAUGAAGGAGGUAAAUAUAUGCACUAGAGGUGAUGAAAGAAAGUCUUUGAGGUUGUGGGAAGGAUGGGUGUAUCUUCCAUCGAAUGCCAGAGUUUCAAAGGCCUUAUUGCUGAGAGUGUAUUGUUAAUAACAAUGCUUCAGAAUAUUCUACUUAAUGCACAUUGUAAAUAUGUACGUAUUUUACUUUCCAAGAAGGUGUGAAUGUGUUGCCACUUUAUGGCUCUGUCUUCACUGUCAGUUCUGUGUUUCUGAAGCAAUAAGCGCUUUUGUUAAAACUUUGUCAAAUAAUCCUUUUAUGUUAUUAUUCUCAGACUUGUUCUUCAGUUAUGAAAUAUGUGUUGCAAGACAGUGUAAAUUUAAAACGAUGCUUGUGUUGAAAUAAAUGAUUUAAAUAGA